AUGGGCAACUACGUGAGCGAGCACAAACGGCCAAGUGCCACCGUUGACGGGGAUGUUUGUGAAUUUCGUGUCUACAUCCAUCGGAGGAAUAAGUUUAUCCAUGCCUGGAUGAAGCUGACACCCAGAGAGAUCAUUGUGCAACGAUCAAAAACGGAUAUUGUCGUCUUUCCGCUACAAUAUCUGAGGAGAUAUGGCUACACAUCGGCUGGGGUGUUCUUCUUUGAGAGUGGCCGGAGGUGUGCAACCGGUGAAGGCUUGCACACCUUUCAAUCACAGCACGCUGAGACGAUAUUUCAUAUGGUGCAAGCGCGGGUACAAGACACGGCGAACGCGGCCCACGCCGAUUGGGCUGAACAGCGGAGAAGAGAUGUGAGAACACAAAGUGUCGACCAUACACCAAGGAUACACCCUGUGCAGAGAUAUUUGAGUGAAAGAAACACCGAGUUCUCCACGUUCAACCAGCCCAACUACAACUCGUUGCACGCUGGGGAGAUGAAGAGACGACGCCAAUUGGUCACCCCAGCAGCACCGCGACCUCGAAGUUUACCCGGGAUUGAGGACACGCUCAUCUCUACUUCACCGCAAAUCGUCCAAAACUCACAUGGACACGCGCAAAUCAUCGGGAAUAUCAUAUCCGAGAGCCCUGGCCCGAACAAGGGCUCCGUCUCCUCUCUCUACAAUCCAUCGCUUUCCACCAUUCACUCGUAUUCAAAUGUCGUCCCCCGUGCACACUAUCAAUCGGCAACUCCGACUGAAUACCCAUUUCGAGCAAGAUGUCCAUCAGCGAGUUCGGACCAUUCGACGAUCUCGGCGCAAUCAUUCCAAUCAACCCCGUCAACACCCACGACGAAAGUGUUUCCGAUACAAUGGGACGGUGGCGCCGGCUCAACGUCGUUUCUCUGUUACGCGAACUCGACCCCGAUCACUCCAUCAUCGGAGAGAAGCAGCGGAAGUUUCACCCCGACACUUAACGAUGAGAAAUCGUCCCUCCUCUCAACCCCGCCGACUGCCCGAAAUCCGUUGAGUGCCGCGAUCGUUGGAAUCGGCGGAAUCUCGUUGGACGAGCGUCCACGAGGCAGCCAAGUUCACGGGAAAAACUCUCCGUCGAUCGGCUCUCUGCCUAGAACAACUCACCGCCACCUCAACUACGCCACAAUGGAGGCACCGCUGGCUGCAGGGGAAAGGACGAGCAGAAGCCCAUCCGUUUCCGGCUCUUGCGUCUCGUUGCCACAAAAUGCGACCAGCUACGCGGUAAUCGAUCCGGAGAGAACAAAAGCUUUGAAACAGGCUCGUGAUGAUGUCGCUCGUUCGAAUCUUGACCAUCUCUCGCCUAGUCGAUCCCGAAAAAUUGGGAAAUUAUUGGGAAACCAA